GAAAGAAAACGGAAUAUGCAAACAGAGGAGAAAAACGUGGCACCUGAAAAUGCCCGAGUCAAGUAUUUUUUUAAUCUGGCUAGCUGGCUAAAUCGUUAGCUAGCUAGAUCCAUGUAGCUAGCUAAUCCUGGGAUUUCUCUGGAAUCAUAAUGUGAAGGAAAAUGUUUGUCGGGCAGUUAAUUUUAUCAUCAACAUCUCAAGGAUGUUUAAUUACGUUUUCCUUUCCCAAAACCUGUUUGUUUUGCCAUAGCCGUUUUUUUCAACCCACAGUCACAACGGAGUGUUUAGUAUUAGAUAUCGUUUGCUGUUUGGAGCGCCAUUUUGAAUUCUGGAUCAUCAAAACAACAGAUUUCCUCACAAGCUUGCGGUUUUCUGAAAUUCUGCAGCGAAGUAUCGGUUUUUUCGUACUGCAAACCAUUGCAUCGAAGAAUCAUUCAACCAAUUUGUAAAAUUUCGAUUUGGUCACACAAGCCAAGAAGUGCUCCUUGAAACCGGUUAAUGAAUGAACGCCUUUGUUCAAGGGUUCAUUAUUCGCCUCAAGCUUCUUUGUAGGGGCACGAUAUUUACCUGUAAUUAUUUAGUUGAUUAUUAAUGGACUUUAGAAACCCAAGACCAAGAGGUGAACGACGACCGACCGUUUCGCGAAAAAAAUCUGUACAAACAAAAUGGCGUAGCCUCAAAAUGGACGUUCAAAUGGCCGCCACUGCUGGAUACGAGAAGAAAAUGACGACAGAAGUACCACAACCGCUUGCAAUUAUUAACGAUUUUUAACGGACUUUUAAUCUGGACGAGUGAAGUGAGACCGACAUUUUAACACCGAUGGAAAGACCUUGCAGCACUGAGAUCGGGCCGGCGGGAUGUUUUUUUACGCAAGUGGACUCUCCUCGGAACAGUGGAUUCCCUCGAUCUACACCAGUCGAAGGAACGCCUUGCGGCCUUGGCUCCUGGGGUGUUCGCGGCUGAUCGGGCGGCAAGCAGUUUUCUGGGGAAUUUGGCCCAAACAACUCCCGGACAAGUGGCAGCACGACCUGUUCGACAGCGGCUUCAGCACCACCGGCGCGGGCGCAGGGGGCGGCGUCGAGACGGGGGGCAAGCUCCUCGUGUCCAACCUCGACUUCGGGGUGUCGGACGCAGACAUUCAGGAGCUGUUUGCGGAGUUCGGGACGCUGAAGAAGGCGGCCGUGCACUACGACCGGUCGGGGCGCAGCCUGGGCACCGCGGACGUCCACUUUGAGAGGAAGGCCGACGCGCUCAAGGCCAUGAAGCAGUAUAACGGUGUUCCUCUGGAUGGAAGGCCAAUGAACAUCCAGUUGGUGACCUCGCAGAUCGACACACAGCGACGGCCUCCGAUGCAGGGGCUGAACCGCGGUGGCGGGGUGAUGAACAGGAUUCGCGGUGGAGGGUUCACGGGCAUGCAGAGACGGGGGGGUCGCGGCGGUGGCGCCAGGGGCAGAGGGCGGGGGGGCGGCGGCAGGAGCAACCCCAAGCAGCAGCUCUCAGCCGAGGAGCUGGACGCCCAGCUAGAUGCCUACAACGCGCGGAUGGAUACCACCUAAGAUGUCUGCCCCAGCUGCAUUUCCUGCUCUGGCCAGAGGGGGGCAUCCUGCACCCACCGGGGGGGAGGCGGUUUUUACACUCUCCAGUCCUCGAAUUUGUUUUAAAUUUGUGUAACAUUAUUUUAUUUCUCCUUUUAAAUGCUCUGUUUUUGUACUAUUUUUUGGAAAAAAUUGACUGGUUGUCUGACUGUAGGAUGGAGGGGAAUGGUUGUUGCUUUGCCUCUCUUUAGAUUCUUGUAAUAAACCUGCAGUAUACAUUAA